AUAAUGUUUCCCGCCUGGGCUUUGCUGGGUCUGUGAUGAGAGGGAAGUACAUGAAUGAUACGUAGCUGCACUACGUAAUUUUUUCCAAUUUCAGGUCAGUCCCCGCCAUGGUGGAUACGACGGUACCUACAUCUAAGUACCUCUGACUUGUACUCUGUAACUGGAGCACUUUAAAGUUCGAAAUCCCGAGACUGGCGACACGCCCCGAAAACCCUGACGCCACUUGAAAUACAAUGAGCGCAGGUGCUGGCCCUGCGGCGUUAAUCCAUUGAUACAAGGGAACGCAACUGCCACUGCACUGUUAUCUUACGCUGCUAGCACCCGAUUGCUGGGUACUUCUAGACAGCCCCCAACAAGCUUAGGCCUUGAACCCGUAUAAGCAAGCUAGAAUAGUGCUUGAUUAUAGAAGCUACCACGCCCCAAGUCAGAGGCUAAAAAAGUCGGCCAUCGGUAUCAGACACGCUAAAAUAACGGGAAUACUUGCAGGGUUGUAUUCUUUUCCAAUAAUGAUCUGAUAGAUCAUAAAAGAACGUACCACUUUACAAUUAGUAUCCUAAUCUUUUUAAACUUUUGAGAUUUCCACGCCGACUUACUACCUAUUCCUAUUUUAUCUUCUCUACACAUCAUUGCGAAAAGAGAGAGCCGUAUCUGUGCACUCCAUAUUCAAUUUCAACAAUGAAUACGGUUAAGUCAUUCUGGAUGGGAUGGGGUUCCCUCUGCCUUGCUGGCGCAGGAGCAUACUACUUCGCGAAGAAGAGCAUCAACGCAGACCGAGCUGCGCGUCUCGAGGAAACCCGCCGAAAGAAGCAAAUGAUUGACUCCCUCGAAUACUCCAACAACGUCCCUAGUCGACCCCUCUCUGCCUCCACGAUGGGUGGCUCUGCGAACGGCAAUGGUACACCUGCACGAACGGACACAGCUGGUUCACCGAGCCAAGAAGCAAGCAGUGAUCCGGCCCCGACUCGACAUGCUCCGGCUACCGAAGGACAACAAGUGGUAGAAAAGAGCAAAUACGAAAGUAGCACACCGUUUAGGAGUCCAAAAGGAGAUCGGUUUUCAUAAUCUCAUGAUUAUGGGUCGUCGUGAUAGCCGGGAUAGAGCAUGUACCUUUUGAUGAAAUCAUUAUGAGAAUUUGAUUUUUCUUUCCGUGUAUACAAUUUCUAUAUCGCAAGGCGAGGAGUCGACAAUAAUUAAUAACACCACUCCUAAGAAAUCUGCCGGUGUGCAGUUGAUUUGACAACUCUGAAUCUUGGAGAUUUGUAUGCGCCAUAUGUACAUAAUUAUUGAGGACCCGUUGUAUUUGAGCAGGUUUCGUACUCAGCCCAUAGCAAUUGGGGAAGUAGAGCAUUUACCUCAUAAAUGGACGUGUUUGCUCUUGAGGGUUACCCUGAUGCCGAAUAACGGACUAAAAAGGGUAGGUCGAGAAUUUAAAAGGGUCUUUUCAAUGUCACCAGCGCAGAUUUAUGACGAUCUUGUCUCGGAUAAGAAAAGCUUGGGAUUUUAGUACAGCAAUGGAUGUAUUUAAUCCGACACCCGAUACAAAUAUACAUAAAUACGUAACGGCUCAA